CUCUGGUCAUCUCCUGUACUAUGUCCGCAGUCUCUGGUCAUCUCCUGUACUAUGUCCGCAGUCUCUGGUCAUCCCCUGUACUGUGUCCGCAGUCUCUGGUCAUCUCCUGUACUAUGUCCGCAGUCUCUGGUCAUCUCCUGUACUGUGUCCGCAGUCUCUGGUCAUCUCCUGUACUAUGUCCGCAGUCUCUGGUCAUCUCCUGUACUGUUCCGCAGUCUCUGGUCAUCUCCUGUACUGUGUCCGCAGUCUCUGGUCAUCUCCUGUACUGUGUCCGCAGUCUCUGGUCAUCUCCUGUACUGUGUCCGCAGUCUCUGGUCAUCUCCUGUACUGUGUCCGCAGUC